AUGGCUAAAAUUUCUGUGGAGCCUAAAUUUACUUUGAGACUUAUUGUUGAUGAAGAGAAAAAGAAAGUUGUUUUGGCUGAGGCUUGUAGAGAUUUUGUUGAUGUGCUCUUUAGCCUUCUGACACUGCCAAUGGGCACCAUUAUCAGAUUGCUUAAGAUUCAUCGAAAAUCUGAGAUUGGUUGUUUUACUAACCUCUAUAAAAGUGUUGUGGACAUGAGCAUUGAUGAUUUUGAGACCGAAACUUGUAAGCAGAUGCUCCUUUAUCCAAGAAGUGUAAGGGAGGUCCAGUGCAAUCGGCUUAAGGUCAACAUAAACCCUACUCAGGACAUCAAGUGCUUUCAGUGCUCAAGAUACUGCAGCUUUUUCAGCAAUUUUAGCACUUCUCGAUGUCGUUGCGGAGCCUUGACAAGCAAGGAGAUUCAGUUGGAAAAUGAAGAACUUCUUGCAGGCCAAACUGAUGAUGCUAAUGGAGUAUUUGUCAAUGGUAGGUGUUCAUUCAUCAUUACCGAUGACUUGAAAGUGGCAGUCAUCAUUACCGAUGAUUUCAAGAUGCAAUUGCCAAGUAUCAUCACUCAACAACCUCCGGUUUACUACCGUUACAGGCUUUACAGUUCAAAUCAAGUGGAGUAUGGUCUGACUACAAACGGUAAUCGAACUACUAAUUAUCACAAAGACGGAAUAGUUAAGGUGAAUUUGAUGGAUCCAAAAUCCAGUGGCAAGGAUCAGUCAAGGCGUUGUUACGGGUUCUUGAAGAAAGCAACAAAGUUUACGGUAUUAGAUGAUCUGACUAUUACAUCUAUGAACUCAUGUUCAACAGUUUGUUUACUGAAGAAGUUGCAGAGUCAUGCAGACAAUCUUGAGGUGCAAGUAAUUAGCAUCACCAAAACAGAGGCUUUGAAUUUGCUGAGAGCUUCAUUGGUGACAUCGUCUGCUUUGAGCACUGCUUUAUGGAGUUUGAUUGCUAAGAAACCAAAGGAGGAGACAGAUUUAUGCAACCCGGUUUCAAAGAAGCUAAAGGAAGUGACUUAA